AUGAAGGAUUUGAAAAAUGCUAUUAGAACUUCUUCUAUUAAAUCCAAGAAUGAGAUUAUUUAAAAUUAGGCUCAGCUUCAUAAAAUCCCAAAUACUUUAGUUGAGUAGAAUUCUAAGAUUGAAUCUUAUCAGAGGAAUGUUCAGUAUGAUCUGGACAAACUUAAGACUGAAAUUGGAUCAGUUAAAUAUGCUCUUGAUUCUAAAUUUGUUUCACUCGAAAGUGAUAUGACAAGCAUUAAGGAAUCAAUGGCAUUGAUCCUCUAGAAACUCUAACAGUGA